AGGUCAUUCCGCAAAUGCCCCCAAAUUAAAGCGAUUUCCCCACCAAGAUAAGGCUCCAAACCACCUCUCUUCAUUACCAAGCUGCCUCUCUCAACUCCAACCAAAACCAUUUUGUAUAAAUUCAGCAGCAUUGCCAAAGAAAAUCCUGAAGAUAUGGCAGCCCAAAACCCGGUGGAGAUUGGCACCAGAGGCACUGUUGGAUCCCUCAUAAUGCAAGAAAUCGAAUACUUCAGUCGGCUUGAGAUAGGCCACAAAGAUUGCUCUCAGAAGCCUCAGUGUAAGAUUGCAGAUGCCAUUUCCUCUGGUAGUCAUUCCAUACCAAAGUUUGGCAUUAUGAUCAAGGCCCAGAAAAAGAAGAAGAGAGGCAGCAGGCUCCUACCAAGCAUGUGUUCUAUAGUGGAAGUUGCAGACAGCAAUCAGCCAAAUGGGAUUUCUGGGUUCACUUACAGGAAUCUGAAGGCUGAUGUAAAGAAGCUGCAGCUUUAGAUCAUGCUCUCAGAGAGCUUAGAGAAGCCAAGCUUCUUGAGUCGAUUAGUUAUAGGACUAGACCAUGCUCUAUCUGUGUUACCACAUUUGAUGUCAACAAUCUCCACAGAUCCUUUCUUCUCCGUCUUCUGUCUACAAGGAGUUCUAUCCAAAGCAAUAUUAUCAGCACCAAGCAUUGGUAUUUUAUGGCUUUUUCUAGUGUAGUUUUUUGUUUUCCGAGCAGUUUCAGGACUUCUAUGAUUGACGCUUUUGCUGCUGCUGGCUUCAUCAGAUGAUGGUCUUGGUUGUAGUUUUUUGGGAGCAGAAGUACUACAAGGAACUGAAACAGCAACCAUUGGAGCUUUGUUUCUGGGCGAUAUCGUUGGAACUUGAGACACAGACUUAACAGAUUCCAAUUCCCUUGUCAUCAGGGAACCAAUAGUCCCAGUGGUACCUAUCCUGAUGGAUUUUCCAUCCUCCUUGAUAAUUUCAAGUGUCUGAGCCAUGUUGCUCUCCAGUCUUCCCAGAAGUUAUCUUCUAGCAGGGAGAAAAAUCAAAGCAGCUCAAGAGCCUGUCAUUUAGCAGCAACACCCGAAACAUCAUAUGGAUGGUAAUUAUGAUUUUGAGUUGAAAUAUAAUCAUUGUAUACUUAUAUUAACCAAGAAUAGGCAAAGGGUUCUGCGCUAAAUCAAACCCUCAUCUUGGUGACCUUUCAAAGGUUGAAAGAGAUCUAUAAUCUCCAGAUACCCAAUUGAAACAGGGGAUCUGUUUAGCAGAAAAAAGAAAAAUUUGAAGAUGAAGAAGAAGAUUCAAAUUACACCUUUUCAA